AUGGACUUUCAACCCAAGCGAAAAAGAUCUGUACACGGCUGUUUGACCUGCCGCACACGCAGAAAGAAGUGCGACGAGAACAAGCCCGUUUGCGGCGGAUGUGAGCGGAACUUCGUGCAGUGCACGUGGCCUCAGCACACAGGCGGCCGUGUUCGUCGGAAGCGAGGCGAGGCCGCUGAGCUGACCUCCGAUCGUUCGAGCACCUCUGCAGAUCCCGCAGCUGGCCAAGGGUUUGAAUUCCACAUCAUCUGCGGCCCGCGUACCCCAGUAUUCAAUAGAAGUGGUACGCUGGCAUUCGAGGCAUACUCGAAAUCGAGCUCCAAUCAGUUGACCAAGUUUGACGAGGAUGCCGGCCGCUUCGUCGCUACGCCGCAGUUCGCAGCUGAAACUCCAGAAGAGCUCACUCGAUGGAUUUCUUGCUGCGGUGAGCGACAGACCACGAAACAGGCGGAUGCGGCCAAUAACACUCAAGGGACUCUAGAUGACGGCUCUGUUGAGACGACACUUGACAUGCAUAUGGGCGGUAUCGCUGCCAAUGUCAUCGGCGUCCCCACUGGUGCUAUUAUAGUUCACGCUUCUGCUUCCGCCGACAGGCUGGGCUGGGCUCUGCAGCGGGACAAUUGGGCGUACGGGCAGUUGUUGGAGCGGUACAGGAAGGCAGAGGAAGUUACUGACGAAGACCUUGCGGGCAUCGACCUCCGGGAGUUCUUGUUUUACACCUGCGUUAAGGGCUUCGUCCCAAAGCUCGAUACCCAGUACACACAUCCGAGUCUCACUACCGGCGCAACGUUCCUCCCGCAGGCCGAUAGGAAUUCCAUUGUCCGCAGUGUUUUUGCGUGCUGCGGUGCAACAUACCUUGCCUGGUACGACCUUGAGCGCUUUCAGCAGUUGAGCGAUGAGCUCUAUAUUGACUGCAAGACCCAAAUCCUUGAGUAUGUCCAGAGUGUCGACAACUACGCGGACGAAGAUUGGCUCUUUGCAUCCCUGUUGCUGCUAUGCAUAAGAGACAAAAAUUCUUUUACGGGCACCGUGGAUGGGUGCGUGUGGCAUCUGGCCAACUCCUUCUUGAUCAUCAGUGAGAAAUACUAUCACCGUGCGCCUGCACAGUCUCUUGAUGACCCGCUAUCCGACAACCUCUUACGCGAAAGCAUAGUGCUGCAGCCUCAGGAGCGAAUGUUCCUGGAAAGCUUUAUUUAUCACUACUCUAUCUCGCUUCUGUUUGCACGGGACAUUUCGGCGCUCCCAAACCCAUGCGCCCUUUUCAGAUCUCUGAGCCUGGUGCUCAAAUGCCCUGUGUACGACAUUAAGGGCAACAAUGACUGGGUGAGCAACCCUUUGCUAGGACUGACGCUGGACGCAUUCGAGAUCCUCGCUAAACUUUCCUACAUUGCACGUAUGCCCAUGCCGCUUGGCCCAACCUGGCUAGGAAAAGUUGUUCAUCUCAAAAGCUUGUGCACAUGCUACGCUCCGCCUGCCCCUACAUCUCCCGACAUGACCGAAGCAGAGUGGCUCAACUACAGGGUCACGUCUGCCACUGGCGUUCUGGUGACCAAAGCCUGCGACCUGCUAGCGAAGAAAAUAAUAGACUACGACUCCUUCGAUAUAGACAGUAGCGACGUGCAGAUGCGCACCAGGGAGAUAAUACAGCUAUUCAAGGAUCUCCCUAGCGACCACAAAAUUUGGGGAAUACUUCCAUGGACCCUACUGAUAACCGGAGCGUUCUGCCGGAGGAUCGAGGAUCAGAUCUUCAUUACUCGCAAAAUAGAGAUCAUGGCUCAUCGCGCCCACAGUUACUGCGGUUUGAAGAUGUCUUCUUUCUUGCAUGCCAUCUGGAACUCAGAAGUUGGUAUCAAUUACCUUUUUGACAGAGACCGGCUGGCACAAGUUGACCUAUAA